GCGCAUGCGUAGUUCGGUUAAGCUGAGCGAGGCUAUUCGUAUAGCGGUCAGCGCUGCGGUGUGUGACAGAGAAAUAAGCGUUUAACCUUUAAAGGCAGCAACACUUCUGGACGUGACACGAGGGCGGACAGUCGGGUGUACAGAACAUGCCUAAAAACAAAGGUAAAGGAGGAAAGAACAGGCGACGUGGUAAGAACGAGAAUGAAUCAGAGAAGAGAGAACUUGUGUUUAAAGAAGAUGGACAAGAAUACGCACAGGUAUUAAAGAUGUUGGGAAACGGCAGGUUGGAGGCCAUGUGCUUCGAUGGAGUCAAACGGCUUUGUCACAUCCGAGGAAAACUCCGGAAAAAGGUGUGGAUAAACACGUCAGACAUUAUACUCAUCGGUCUGCGAGAUUAUCAGGACAACAAGGCCGAUGUUAUUUUGAAGUAUAAUGCCGAUGAGGCCCGCAGCCUGAAAGCCUACGGAGAACUUCCAGAGCACGCCAAAAUCAACGAGACGGACACAUUUGGAGGUGGUGAUGAUGAUGAAAUUCAGUUCGAUGACAUUGGUGAUGAUGAUGAGGACAUUGAUGAUAUCUAAUCUGGAGCUGCUGCUGAGGGGAAAGAGGACUUUUCUCAGCUUGCAGAGACAGAAUGCCCAUGAUGUCCCCAGUGGAGUCCCUGGAUGCCCUCUCUCCUUACAUCUAAGGUGGCUCAGAUUUAGGGUUCUGUCACUAACUACAUGACUGCACCAUUAUAUUCAAUACAUUUUGUUAUCUUUUAAUGUAUUUAUAUUAAUUUCACAUCAAGUGGAAUUUAGUUACAAGUACAGAAUCUCUGGAUUCGCAAUAAAAAUGAACAAUUUUAUGUUUGGUCUUGCAGUCUGUAUUCUUGUAAUGUUCAGAAGCUCUGUAGAGUUGAGGGAGAGAAAUGCUCUUUGGAAACAGAAAACAGCUGAUGCCUCUAACAUGCCACUGUCGUUUUUGUAUGUUUUUGAAUGUCUUUAUCUAACCUGUUAUUGAAUAGGCUACUGGAUACAUAGCAAUGCAUUUGAAUAUGCAUUCAGUGUGUUGACAAAGUAAGAGAUACUACAGCCCUUUGUUUUCUUCAGUCACUUAAUUUUUUUUGUUAAUGUUUGUGUUUGUAGUUUAAAUGAUGAAGCUACCAAAUUAAAUAAAAAUUAAAUAAAACUUUUUGCUUCCUUGUACUAGGGAUGCACUGAUUCUUCACUGUUAAUACUUAAGUGUCUGCUGAUACCAAUCACAGCUUUCCAAUACCAGUCACUAAAAAGCUGUGCAUAUGCAGAUAGGCAUGUCUCAAUGCCAUGUCUAAUACUUGUCCACCUAUAGAGUCCAUUUCAAAAGUUGCAUUUGCUGAAAUAUGGAUUUUGAUGAAAUUAGAAAUUCCACUGAUAAUUAUAGCACAAAGCUCUUCAUCAGUAGCAGUUUUCAUUGUCAGCAGUGAUACUGGAGCAGUAAAGAAGUAAAAAGUUUCACUUAUGAAGUCUUCAAGGCAGUGAAUAUUACUAUAGCCCAAAUCUCUGCCUUCACAUUACGGUGUUAGUAGUGUCUGUUACUGAUGCCGAGGGUGUCGGUGUUUGUAUCAGUGCAUGUCUAGUUCAUGCUCACGUGUUCAGACUUCUGCAGGGCUGUUUAAAGUACUGUAAAUGUUGAAUUACUGAAGUUACGAAAGGACCUCGGUGGCUAGAAAAAAAAUGUUUUUUUCUGUUCUUAAAAAUUCAAAACAAUCUUGAAGCUAAAAUAAAAAAGAACAGAAUAUUUUUGUAUUCAAAAAGUCAGUCAAAUCCAGAUCAGUGUAAUGUUUUUCACAAAAUGUCCUUUGCAAGAGCGAAACGAUUGCAGGAUUAAUUGGUGGAUUUGAUGCUUGAGUCAUUGUCAUUUUUUUUCUCCUUUGCUGCUUUUGAUCGAAAGAAAUUUUGAUUUUGAAUAAAAGUCAACAGUAAACAUAAA